AUGGCAGAUCAAAAUGUUGAAACCUGUUUGAGAAUGUUGAAGAAGGCGACAUCAGAUAAUGAAAAAUUUGCUGGAAUUAUGAUGGUAACAAAAGUUAUAAAAGCUGAAAACUGUGAUUCCACCAUGAAACAAGAGUUAGCUGAUGCUAUAGGCUUGAAGUUUUUAACACGUCUGCUAAGAUCUAGUAAUGUACCUGAAGGCUGUCCACCUACUAUGUAUAAAUCAUUAGCACUCAGUAUCUUAUCCACAAUAUGCACAGACCCUGUUGUGGCUUCUCUACCAGAAAUUAAAGGUCAAGUCUCAGCUCUCAAUGAAUUGAUCAUAUCACCACCCAGAAGUGAAGAAAAUGAAGUAGAUACAGCCAUUUUGAAGGAUUGUUACCAAUGUCUCUAUGGACUAGCUUGUUGUCAACAAGGUCAAUUAUAUCUGAUACAAAGUAACACUGUAUCUUGUCUAGUAGAGGUGGUAAUAGAUCAAAUAGAGGGAGAUAACCAAGCCCUAGAGAUACUUCUCAUCUUGGCUGGUAGUCAUGGUAACAGUAUGUGGAACAACCAAAAAUCUGCUUGCAAUAAACUUAUAAGUUAUCUAUCAUCUCAAUAUAUCCAUAAAAAGGACAGUACAAAGUUUGAUGUUUGUAAGAAUUUAGUUAGUUUUAUCUCAACAUUAGAAAAGGAAACAGUAGAUAGUAACAAUGAUAAACAAUGGUUAAAAGAUUUAAUAACAGUUUUAUCUUCAGAUAUAAAAAACAAAUUAGGUGUAGAGCAAAGACAGUGUUUACUUCUGUUAAUAUCUGAAUUGGUGAACAAAUUCACUUUAUCUUGUUUAUUAUCUCCCUUUGCGUCUGACUGUAAAGUAGUCUUGAUUAUCACACAUCUUGUCUGUAUAGAAGUAAGAAUGAUUCUAGAAAAUUCAACAUGGCAGGAGAUGAAAGAAAAGACAUGUCUGUUAUGUUCAUGUUAUUUGUUAUUAGAGAACAUAAUAAGUCACAUGACCACAGGUCAACCAAUGGGAUUUGAAGAAAAACAGGUGUUACAAGUACACGCCUCUAUGGUGGGAGCCUUUAAUGCAGUAUUGUUCUUUCUAGAUGAAAUCUCUACUCAACGAAAUAAAAAGUGGUUAGAUCCAUUAGUAACAGCAAGUAUCAGAGUAAUAGGUUCCUGGUUAGCAGAAGAAACAACAGCUUUAAAACAUACUAUAUAUAAAUUACUACCAUUUCUUAUACAGUUACUAAAAAUCUCAUUGGAUCCCAAACUUGCUGAAAGUCUGCCAGAUAUUCCUCAAGAUGUUGAAAGCCAAUUACAAGAAUGUGAUAUUUCUGACAACCAAUCAAUGAAAGCUAUAGAAAACUGUGAUAGCCAAUCAGAAUCUAUGACUCAAUCUAUGGAAACUGAUCAAUCAAAUAACUCAAAAGAAACCAACCAAUCAGACAAUUCCAAAUCGUCAGUAACCAAUGAGCCAAAAUGUGUCAGGUUUUCGCCUGAUGUUCCAAAAUUAGAAAAAGACAUGACCGUGGACAUUUUAAGGUUUUUGUUACCUGGGUUAUGUCAUUUAUCAUCAGAAGAAGAACCUAGACAUAUUCUGAUUGACAAUAACAUACAAGAUAUACUGUUACAAUAUUUCAAAACAAAAUGGCAGCAAUUUUUAGAACAUGAUGAAAAUGAAGAAGAGGUGAAGGAUACUCUAGGAAGUUUAUGUGGUGUAUUUUUAAAUCUAACUGUCACAGAACAACAAUUAGUUCAGAAAGAUUCAAGUUUUCAUUCUUUGCUUGAAAUAUUAUUUACAGCUUUACCAUAUACUAUAUAUAAGAGAGAGAAUUUAAUAUUAACAGCUAAUUUUACUACAUUAGGAUUAAUGUUAUUACAACAUCAGACAUCAUAUCAUUCAGACAAAGAGGAAGAGAGAAAUAAAUAUGUAUCACAUUGUAUUAAUUUCUUUAGUCAUGCUUAUCAAUUAAACACCAGUAAUAAACCUAAAAUAGUAGUCAAUGAAGAUUAUCUCCCUUAUUGGCAAGAUAUAUCAGAGUUAUGGUUCUUGGGCAUUCAAGCUUUAUGUCCAUGUAUUAAGCUAUACUCUUCAACACCAUCUAUUAUAUUAAAAUCAGGAUGGUUAGUUUCCAUGGUUAAAAUGUUACUAGAAGUUAAAGGUGAAGUAGUAGAAGAAGAUAUAGUUGAUGUUAUUGUACAGUUAUUAUUAACAUUAUCUCAAUGUGAUAAGGCCAGUAAACAGGUUAUACUUGAGAAAGGUGGACUACAGCUAGCCAGAAUAUAUAAAAAUACAGAGUUGGAAGCAAUCCUGUCAAGGUGAUAUCUGAAUAUAUUUCAGUAAUAAAUACUAAUGCAAAUGUU